GAGUUUCUGUUGUUGCUUUAUAAACUGGUCACCAACAGUAAAAUAACAACAGCAAAAAAGAAAGCGCUUUCUGAUAUCUUAAAGACAGAAGAAUGAAAUUUAUUGAGGGAAUACUUCUUGUGCUUUCUACAGGAUUACUGUUGAUCACUGCUGAAGAGCACAAGUGCAUCCCGCAGAAAUGUACUGUGAACAACACAUGUCUUUAUGAUUCUCUAUGGAAGGCCAAUACUGAUAUAGCAAAUGAUGUCUUAAAAACUGAAUUUCUGACAUUGAUGGUUAAAGGAUCCCUUAAAGCCGAGAGAUACAUGAAGUUUACACUCCAGGAUAUUUAUUAUGCCAAUGAAGUGACAAAACUUCUAAAUAUUUUAGCUAAAACAGCACGUACAUCCAAGGACAUAAAGAAGUUUUUCAUUGAUAUGCAUUCAAGCUAUGCAGGCUUCACAAAAUAUUUGCUGGAGGAAUUCCGAUUUAAGAAGUUUACUGAGCUUAUUCCGUCCAAUGCUGCAAAAUCAUACGUUGACAGCUACAAGGCCUUGAUGAAGGAAAAACCCAUUUAUUUUGUGAUUGGUCUAUUACCUUGUUCUAAACUCUGGCCAUACAUUGCACAGAACCUGGACAUCAGUGACUCAAGCCCCUAUAUCGAUUUCAAGAAUGGCAACAUGAAGGAUGAUUCUUGGAAACGCUUCGGUGAACUUCUUGAAACACAUCGGUGUAAAAUCAAAGAAAAUAAGGCACAUAAAAUAUUCAGGUCUCAUAUGAAGCAUGAAUACCUUUUCUUUCAUAGUCAAUAAAAUAAUUUUUAUGAUAUAAUUCAAAAGAACAUAUUUGAAAUCAAAUCAAAUUUGUUUCUAUUCAGGUAGAAUAAAUGCUACCUUUCUAAACAAUUACUUAAACAUUUAAGUUUCUAAAAAAUGUAUGUGUAUGCUUUUCCUUUACUGGUAUAUCUUUGAACAUGUGUAGGAUGGUGAAAGCCUUGCAUAUGUCACCUGCAGUUAUACUAUUGUUUACAUAUGGCAAAUCAUAAAACUUAAAUUACAAUACUGCAACAAAUAAAAAGUCUGAAAAAAAAAAACAUCUAAAGUGGUUUUGU